CCUAUCUCCUCUACCCACCGAAUAACGACAUUGCUUUCCCCACAUAGUACAUACACAUAUUCCACACCUUAAUAACAUCACAAAAUCCCAAAAGUAAACUAGUCAGAUCUCACAAACCCACCUUCAUUUACUACUAACAAAAUAUUUUAAAUCUUUAACACCCACUCCCUUCUGAUUCAUCAACACUUCAACAAUUUCAACUAUGCCCUUCUGAUUUCCACCAGUUUUCAUCAUGGGUAUUUGCAGUUCUUCAACUAAUAUAGCUCCCACCACCACUCACAACCUCAGUUCAGUAACAGGUAGUUCACAUACAACCAACAGAACAGGCUCAACAUCAAUAUCAUCAUCAGGAAUCAGUAGCAAUUUAUCUGGAAACAGUCAGUUUUCAUCAGUUAGCAGUGGUGAUGAUCUUGGUCCAGGUGGCCAGAUCUUGGCUCAUCCAAAUCUUAAAAUAUAUACCUUUUCGGAACUCAAAUCCGCUACGAAAAACUUUCGAAACGAUACGAUUUUAGGUGAAGGUGGUUUUGGUAAGGUUUACAAAGGCUGGAUAAGCAGUUCUGUAAUUGCUGUCAAGAAGUUGAAUUCUGAGAGUAUGCAAGGGAUUGAAGAGUGGCAGGCCGAGGUAAACUUCUUAGGAAGGCUUUCGCAUCCAAAUCUCGUAAAACUUUUGGGAUAUUGUUAUGAGGGAAAAGAGCUUUUACUUGUAUAUGAAUUCAUGCAACGAGGCAGCUUCGAGAACCACCUUUUUGGAAGGGGGUCAACUGUUCAGCCGCUUCCAUGGGAUAUACGGCUUAAGAUUGCAAUAGGAGCAGCUCGUGGGCUGUCGUUUUUGCACACUUCGGAUAAGAAGGUUAUUUAUAGAGACUUUAAGGCGUCAAACAUAUUGCUUGACGGGUCGUAUAAUGCAAAGCUAUCGGAUUUUGGGCUGGCUAAAUUAGCAUCGGCUAGCCAAUCGCAUGUGACCACACGGGUGAUGGGUACAUAUGGUUAUGCUGCUCCUGAAUAUGUUACCACAGGACACUUGUAUGUGAAGAGUGAUGUCUAUGGUUUCGGCGUUGUGUUGGUUGAGAUGUUAACCGGCAUGCGGACACUCGACAAUGGUCGUCCAGCUGCCCAACGAAAUCUUGUCGAUUGGGUCAAGCCGUAUCUGGGCAACCGUAGGAAGUUGAAGAACGUAAUGGACCCACGGCUUGAAGGAAGAUACCCUUCAAAAGCGGCAGGCCAGGUUGCCCAACUAGCUCUCACGUGUCUUGGGAACGAACAGAAAACCCGUCCAUCAAUGAAAGAAGUGGUGGCAACGCUAGAACGACUAGGGGAUAUCAAAGAAAGGCCAAAAGUACCUAGAAUACACAAUUCAAGUCCUCGCUCGCCAUACCCAAAUGGUAAACAACCUUUGCGACAUCGUUCACCGCUUCAUGUUAAGGAAGAUGUAAGCCAAAGGAGCCAAGAUUCACCGAAAGGGUCAUGAUACAUAUUAGGAUUAUUUUUUGUUGUUAUCUGAUUGUGGGCUUAACAUAGAUAAAUUGUUACCGAAGGGUAUGUAGCCCAAUAGUAUCAAGGUGUUGAAAUGGUGUCCCUCACCAAGUGGUGAGGUUUCAAGUCUCAUUAUGGCGUGAUUUUGUGAAGAUUGAAAUUAGCAUUUGUAUGCUUUAUAAGGUAGGUUUGAGUAUGAUAUUAAAAAAAAAAAAUUGGUUA